AUUUUCUUAUUCGUUGACAGUUAGUACGAACUCGCCGGGCAAGAAGACUCGAGAGAGAACAAAACGAGGAGCGAGCGACGGUGAUCCGUUAUCAAAGCCGAGGGGAAGAUAUUCGAGGAUGAUCGGACGGCGUGCUGGAACGAAUCGAGCUGGCAUGAGGAGGGACGACUCCAUCCUGACUCGGUUCGUUGACUCAGUGUUUUCUCUAUUCCGAUUAGCCGAGUUUGAGAUCCUGUUUGUGCUAUUCUUCGUUAUAGCCUACGUCAUCUUCAAAGAUCUGACGGCGAGGCCGGAGUACAAUCGGAUUCUUGUUGAGAAGCCUCGUGGAUAUGACGUAUGGCCGUUCUAGCUGAAAAAAAUAAAUAAAGAAUUUGUAUUGAAUGGUUAGUACAACUCGUACAUUGUUUGUGUACAACGCAUUUGAUUAGCGUUCUUCUCUUGUAGUAAAUGUUGUCACUUUGUUUAUUUUCUCUAUGUAAUUUUCUCCUUUGCUAAGAGUAUGUUUAAUCCGGUGGUUCUUAAUUUGGAGUUCUUAACUCAUGA